CUAGUCAUAAAACGAACAAAUAAACAUUUCGAAUAUCAUCAUCUAUCAAACGCACCAAAAUUAUAUACACAAAUUUCAGUAAACAAAAUAAAUUGGUUACAGCACAAAGCCCUCACAAACCCUAGAAUUACAAAAACGCCCGCUUCAUUCAUCUCUCCACAGAUCACAAAUCAUCAUCUUUCCCCAAAUCUUCCUCCAAUCUCCACCGUUCAUUUUCCCGCACUCCUGAUCUCCGUCGCCAUCCACCGCCUCCGCCUCGAUUCGAUUGCCGGCCGACGAGCCUUCGAUGUCUUUUCACUGAAUUAUCUAUAACCUCUCGAUUAAUGUGAGAAUGGACGGAAUUCAUGGAGAGGAACCGGGGAUGAUGCAUUACUUGCAAGAUCAAAAUCAUCAUGGCCUGCAUCAUCACCAUAUGAGUAAUGGUAACACCAUUGAUCAAGACGAGCAUGGCGAAGAGAGCAACAUUGUAACAACUGGAGGGGUAAAUGAAGUCAUGGAUGGGGAAGUUGGAGCCAAUAUGGGAACCCAACCUGAUAAUGGCACAAUGAUUCCGCACGUGGGGGACAGCGAGAAUAGUAAUCAGCUCAGUCUUUCCUUCCAGGGUCAAGUUUAUGUGUUCGACUCCGUAUCACCUGAGAAGGUUCAAGCCGUACUUCUUCUACUGGGAGGACGUGAAAUGCCUCCUAACCUUCCUAGUGUUCCAAUAUCUUCUCCAAAUAACAGGGGUUUAUCCAGUACUCCACAGAAGUUCAAUGUUCCCCAGAGACUGGCUUCACUCAUAAGAUUCCGCGAAAAGCGGAAAGAGCGGAAUUUUGAGAAGAAAAUACGAUAUACAGUUCGGAAAGAAGUUGCUCUAAGGAUGCAACGGAACAAAGGCCAAUUCACAUCCUCGAAACCGAAUCAAGAUGAUAGUCCAUCAGCAGUGGCAAACUGGGACCCAAGCUGGGGAGCUGAUGGCGAUGGAUCACAUGCUCAAAAUAUUUCUUGCCGGCACUGUGGUAUCAGUGAGAAGUCUACUCCGAUGAUGCGCCGUGGCCCAGAAGGACCAAGGACCCUUUGCAAUGCCUGUGGACUCAUGUGGGCAAACAAGGGAACUUUGAGGGACCUAUCAAAGGCAGCCCCACUGGGAGCCAACCCUCCGCGCAACAGAAGUGAGGAGAAUGGGAACUUUGAGGCUGAAGAAAUGGUUCUGAGCGCCACCGGAAACAGCAAUGAUUCGUCGUGAUGAUCGAUUCGUUUAGCUCUGUAGCACUAAUAGAAAUGACAUAUGUAACUAGCCUAGCUUCAGCUGUUUUUAUGUAAUAGGUGAAGUGGGUUUCAGACAAGGUCAAGUUUUUCCAAAGAGAAUGCUUUUUUCUUUUGUAUUUCUACAUGUGAUUGUUGUAUCAGAUGCUCUUUGAGUUUAUAGUGGAUAUAAUCUUGUAACAUAA